AACCCAACCAAAAUAUUGUUCAAGUAUUGAUUUUCAAAUCGUUCGGCCGUCUGCAUUGCACCAAUAGUUAAAUACUUCGAAUAUGGCUGUUUUCAAAGUAGCAAAGUGUCCAACAGAUGAGUUGUCUUUGUCAAACUGUGCUGUUGUAAAUGAUGGUGAUUUACCAGGAGCAAAACACCUGAAAGUUCAUACAGGGGGAGGUCAAAACUUUGUGUUUUCCAUUAAAAGCCAUCCCAGUAUUCCUAGGUACCAUGUUGGAUUUAGUUUACCUCAAAGAAAGUGGGCUGUCCUGUCCCUUAACCAAGAAAUCAAUGUUGAACCAUACAAUCCUGAUGAAUAUAUUUCAUCUAUUGUGUUGGAGGCUGAUUACAUGCAGAAAAAAACAACAUCGCAAGAACAGUAUGACACAGAUGAAAUGGCAAAAGAAUUCCUGUAUUCUUUUCCCAAUCAGAUGUUUACUGUUGGACAACAGCUAGCUUUUGCUUUCAAAGACAAAAAGCUACUUCUUCUUAUGAUUAAAGAUAUUGAAGUUGUAGAUAUCUCAAAAAUAAAAGCUGGCGGUGAUGUCAAGCCCAGAAAAGCAAAACUUGGUCAGCUGAUACCAAACACUUUAGUGCAAUUUGAAAAAGCUGAAAGCUCUUCAUUGAAUCUAGUUGGAAAAUCUAAAGGAAAAGUAGUUCGCCAGUCAAUUAUAAAUCCUGAUUGGGAUUUCCAAAAAAUGGGAAUCGGUGGUUUAAGCAACGAGUUCAACGCCAUAUUUAGACGUGCUUUCGCUUCAAGAGUAUUUCCCCCUGAACUAGUGGAGCAGCUUGGAUGUAAACACGUAAAAGGUAUCUUGCUCUAUGGUCCACCAGGUACUGGUAAAACUCUCAUGGCGAGACAAAUCGGCAAAAUGUUAAAUGCACGGGAACCUAAAAUCGUUAACGGUCCCCAAAUUUUGGACAAAUACGUUGGUGAAUCCGAAGCUAAUGUCAGAAGACUAUUUGCAGAGGCAGAAGAAGAAGAAAAAAGGGCCGGUCCCAACAGUGGUCUUCACAUCAUCAUCUUUGACGAAAUUGAUGCUAUUUGUAAACAGAGAGGAUCUGUUGCUGGAAAUACAGGUGUUCAUGAUACAGUUGUUAACCAGCUUCUAUCCAAAAUUGACGGUGUCGAGCAGUUAAAUAAUAUUUUAGUUAUUGGUAUGACAAACAGAAGAGAUAUGAUAGACGAAGCUCUACUUAGACCUGGUAGAUUGGAAGUGCAAGUAGAAAUUAGUCUACCAAAUGAAGAAGGGCGAGUGCAAAUUCUUGAAAUUCAUACAUCCAGGAUGAAACAGUACAAAAAAAUAAGCUCUGAUGUUGAUAUAAAGGAGCUGGCAACAUUGACGAAAAACUUUUCUGGUGCUGAAAUUGAAGGUUUGGUGAGAGCUGCUCAGUCGACUGCAAUGAAUCGACUGAUAAAGGCAUCUAGCAAAGUAGAGGUAGACCCUGAGGCAAUGGAAAAAUUGUUAGUUAACCGUGGGGACUUUAUGCAUGCUUUGGAAAACGACAUCAAACCAGCUUUUGGUACAGCUCAAGAGAUUAUCAACCAAUUCUUAACAAGAGGUAUUAUCAAUUGGGGUUCGCCCGUCACGGGUAUUAUGGAAGAUGGCAUGUUGUUCAUUCAGCAAGCAAGAGCUACAGAUACAUCAGGAUUGGUGUCUGUACUUAUCGAAGGUCCCCCGAAUGCAGGCAAAACUGCUUUAGCCGCUCAAUUGGCCAAAAAUUCAGACUUCCCAUUUGUCAAAGUGUGUUCACCUGAAGAAAUGGUUGGUUACACGGAAACGGCAAAAUGCUUAAUGAUCCGAAAGAUAUUUGAUGAUGCGUAUCGGUCAACUCUAAGUUGUAUUCUCGUAGAUAACAUUGAGAGGUUAUUAGAUUAUGGUCCCAUUGGUCCAAGAUACUCAAAUUUAACCUUACAGGCACUACUGGUCCUGUUAAAGAAACAACCACCACCUGGAAAGAAAUUAUUAAUUUUGUGCACAACCAGUAGAAGACAAGUAUUGGAAGAAAUGGAGAUGCUGUCAGCUUUUACCGCAGUAUUGCAUGUACCAAACUUAUCAAAAGCGGAGCAUUUAUUAAAUGUAUUAGAAGCUUCCGAUGUUUUCUCAAAUCAAGAACUAAAGCAGAUAACUCAUCAAGUUCAUGGAAAACGGAUAUUCAUCGGUGUCAAGAAACUACUAGCAUUGAUUGACAUGGCUAGACAGACGGACGAAAGAAUCCGUGUUAUCAAAUUCAUAUCGAAGCUGGAAGAAGAUGGCGCCUUAGAAGACCCUGGAAUGGCCUAGGAUAACUUGUUAGAAACAUUCCAAGAAUAAACAAUGACGUGAUAGCUAAUUUUAACAAUUUCCAAAUGAAGAUUUUCAGGAUAAUAUGAUAUAAUAAGGCAAUUGUAGCGAUCUCUCCCAAUUGCUUCGCUGAUCAAAGGCGUCUGGUAACUCGAGGCAAAAAAAAACGUAAUUUCGCAUACUCCACCACAAUUGGCGUUUGCUGUAGUAAUAAGGAUAUAUUCAAGAUAUCAAGCAAACAAUGUCAAUAUAGUUCAAACCAAACCCAUCUUCCAGUGCGUCAUUAAUUUGUACGUCAUAGGAUUUUAAAUAUAUCGUGGAUCAUUGCAUGGCAUUUUAGUUAAAUCUGGGAGUUGCCAGAAUAGUAAUCAGCAAAUAUGAAAAGGUUUUUCCUUCCAACACUUUUAUUGCAAUUUGGAAUAAAAACAAAUCAGUAGUGUUUAUUGUAUUUAUAAAAAGUUCUGUUUUCAAAUGAUUAAUUAUUAAACAAAUAUAAGCA